AUGAAAGUAACUGGAAAUGAUGCUUGUUUGAUUCCAUGUGCCAUUGAUCAAGAUCCUUAUUUCCGUGAUGUUGCCAGAAAAUUGAAAUGGAAAACUCAAAGUGUCAUUCAUUCCAAGUUCUUCCCUGCAUUGCAAGGAGCAUCCAAGAAAAUGUCUGCCUCCUCUGAAACAUCAUCGAUUUAUUUAACAGAAACUCCAAACCAAAUUGAAGAGAAAAUCAAAAAAACAAACGAAUUUCAGCGGUGGACGUGCAACCAAGGAAGAACAAAUGCAAUUUGGAGCUGA